AUUGAACCAUAACAACAAAAAAGAAACAGAGAGAGGUUUUUGUGAUUAUUAUUGUUAUAAGCUAGAGACCAAGAAUGGAAAGUCCUGCAUGAAGCUUGUCCAAAGACUCCAAACCCAGAAAAGCAGCUGUGUCUCCUAAAAAACAAGGGAGGUGGCUGCAACCCUGCAAGGUCCAAAUAAGUACUCAACUCCUUCCUGUAUCAUUUUUUCCGGGAAGCUAUAUUUUUCUGUCAUAGAACAGAGAUGAAGGGUCUUUUUAUUAUCUUCUUCACCUCGCUAUUCUAUUUUACGGUCUUGAAUCUGUCCACUGCAGCUGACACCCUAGCUGCAUCGCAAUCCAUAGUCAGCUCUGAUACCUUGGUUUCUUCCAGCCAAAGCUUUGAACUGGGACUUUUUUCCACAGGCAACUCCAGAGCAUGGUAUCUAGGAAUAUGGUACAGGAAUUUUCCAGAUAUUGUUGUAUGGGUUGCAAACAGAGAAAAUCCACUUGCAGAUUCUUAUGGAGCCAUGAUGUUGUCCAAAAAUGGAAGUUUAGUCCUUUUAGACCAAAUGAAUGGAACUAUUUGGUCUUCUAGUCCUUCCAAAGAAGCUGAAGAUCCUGUUGCACAGCUUUUGGAAACUGGAAACCUUGUUGUAGUAGACAAGGCUGUGACAAGUUCCGAAAGCUAUAUAUGGCAAAGUUUUGAAUUCCCAUCGGACACACUGCUACCAGGAAUGAGGCUGCGAUUGAACUUCAAAACAGGCCCAAACCAAUUCUUGACAUCUUGGAAAAAUGCUAGUGACCCGUCUCUUGGAUUAUAUACCUAUAAGAUCGAUCACCUUGUGUUGCCUCAGCUUGUUCUUGCUCAAGGAUCAAAGAAAGAAUUCCGCAGUGGACCUUGGAAUGGUCUUCGAUUUACUGGUCUUCCUGUUUCAAGCAACGAAAUUUUGAAACCAAGUUAUGUUUAUAACACAAAUGAGUUGUAUUAUAUCUAUGAGGCUAAUGACAAUUCUAUUAUUACCCGAUUAAAGCUGACUGAAACAGGUGAGAUGCAACGGCUAGUGCUGAAUAAAGGAAGUACUGAAUGGGGUGUUAUGUAUACUUUGCAGAAUGAUCGAUGCGACAAUUACGGGGAGUGUGGUGCAAAUAGCAUAUGCAAAAUUAACAGAACACCCAUUUGUGAGUGCUUACAGGGGUUUGUUCCAAAAUCACAGCAAGAAUGGGAGGUUCUUAAUAGGACAAGUGGUUGCAAGAGAGAGACCCUAUUGGAUUGCCAGCAGGGGGAAGGGUUUCUGAAAUUUCAAAAUAUGAAACUUCCAGACCUGUUGGAUUUUUCAGUGAACAACAGCAUGAGCUUCAAGGAAUGUGAGGCAGAGUGUUUGAAGAAUUGUUCUUGUGUAGCUUAUGCUAAAUCAAAUAUGAGUAGUGGAGGCAUUGGCUGUCUGAUGUGGUUCGGGGAGCUUAUAGAUAUGCGUGAGUUCGUUGAUGAAGUUAGUGAUCAAGAUUUAUAUAUUCGGAUGCCAGCUUCAGAACUAGGCAAUAGUACCAGUCAGAAGGAUAAAAGAGUAGUAUUAAUCUCAGUGAUAUCAGCAGCUUCUGUACUUCUUUUUCUGGGUCUCUUAUGCCGUUGUAUCGUUCUGAAUAAGAGAGCAAAGAGAAAGGUUUCAAGAUCAAGCAAGGAAGACAUAGAGUUGCCACUAUUUGAUUUUCAUACAAUUGAAAUCGGCACCAAUUACUUUUCCUGGCAAAACAAACUUGGAGAGGGAGGUUUUGGUCCAGUUUACAAGGCUAACCUAAGAAAAGAAGAAUUAGUAGCAGUAAAGAGACUUUCAAGAGGCUCUGGACAAGGUCUUGAAGAGUUUAGGAAUGAAGUUACAAUGAUAGCCAAUCUCCAACACAGGAAUCUUGUUAAACUUUUAGGCUGCUGCAUUGAAGGAGAAGAAAGGAUGCUAAUCUAUGAGUACAUGCCCAACAAAAGCUUGGACUUCUUUAUCUUUGAUCAAAACAGAAAGAAGCUGCUUAACUGGCAAAAGCGGUUUGACAUUAUCAUGGGAAUUGCACGAGGACUUCUCUACCUCCAUCAAGACUCAAGAUUAAGAAUCAUUCAUAGGGACCUUAAGAGUAGCAACAUCUUGCUAGACCGUGACCUGAUCCCAAAAAUAUCCGACUUUGGCAUAGCAAGAAUUUUCGAACACGAUCAAACUGAAGGAAAAACAAAACGAGUAAUUGGCACACAUGGAUAUAUGUCUCCUGAGUACACAAUUGAUGGGAAAUUUUCAGUGAAAUCGGAUGUGUUCAGUUUUGGAGUGCUAUUAUUAGAGAUAGUUAGCAGCAGAAAGAACACAGGGUUCAAUCAGCCAGAUCACAACCACAAUCUUCUGGGACAUGCAUGGCUACUGUGGAACAACAACAAGGGUUUGGAACUUAUAGAUCCAUGCUUGGAGUACUCAUACGUGGACAACGAGGUGCUAAGAUGUAUUCAAGUGGGUCUAUUAUGUGUUCAAAAGCUACCCACUGACAGACCAGCAAUGUCAUCAGCGGUGUUCAUGUUGUGCAAUGAAGGAGCAACAUUGCCCGAACCAAAGGAGCCUGGUUUCUUCACAGAAAGAAGCUCCAUAGACAACAAAACCUUAACAGGUGGAGCAAGAAGCCACACAGGACUCACACUUACUAUUUCGACAUUGGAAGCUAGAUAGAUGAUUCAAGCAAGGAGCUGUUGAGUAAAUACACAAGGAUCACAAAGACUAUGAAUCGCCUUUGCAUUUCAAUAUGGAAGGUUGAAGCUGUCAGAGAGUAGGACACAGCCACAGUACCAUUUUCAUCAGCGUUGCCAAGAAUUCACACGCGGCUUUGUUCCACAACUGGGGCAUUUCUACAAACAUACGGUGAGCAGCCAAUAAGUUCAUACCAAAAUACUGCAGAACAAUGCAUAUAGACUUGGCCACACACAAAUAGAAUUCCCUUUACCAAGAUAAUUAAGACCAGAAGAGUUACCCGAAAACUACCCCAUGGAAAAUGGCGGGAUCCAAGCUCUCUACGCACAACACCAGCUAUUCCGAUAUGCAGAGUAAAAGAACGAGCAUGUAAUUUUCACUGAUUCUAUACACCCAAAAAGGGAUUUUCAUUUUUUUUUUUUUUUUGGUAGAUGCCUUUGUAAAAGUAAUGACACGUAUACGAGUAUAGCCGUUGUGAUCCAUGUUUGUCUAAAAUUUUCUCUCUGUAUUGGAUGCAAUUCACACUAAAACUUUUUGUUAAUUGCAGUCUUAUGACUCAUCUGUCAUAUAUGAUUUCUUUUUAUUUUA